CAAAAACAGCCAGUCAUAGCGUUGGUUAUGGCCUAAAGAAACCGCGGCAUGCCAGUGGCAUCCUCUAGAGGUGCUGAGCAUGUGGUCUGGGGGGCUCCAGAGAUCUCCAGCUCGAGUGAAUGCGAAUCGGGCUCAGCUGGCUCAGACUUAAGAUCUUUCGACGGAAAGGGCCGAAGCGGCAGCCGCAGUAGCAGCAGAAACAGCAGGAGAAGUGGAUGAGGAGAAGGGAAUUGGAAGGUGCUCAAAGGCAUUUCCAUUCCCUCGGCAACAGACAGCAAGGCUCAGAGGACGGCCGGAGGCAUCAUCAGGUGAUGAGCAGCGUCAUGUCCAAUGCUACAUCCACGAGCACCGAGAGCCACAGUCCAAGUUUGUCGAGGAGAGACCGGAAGGAUCAACCACCUUCGCCGAAGUUCCGGAAGGCCGAGUGGGAUGGCUUUUACCGAAAAAUGAAAGAGCUGUCCAAAGCCUCACGUGACAGUGAAGUGCCGGCUGACAGGCCGAGGGCGUGGGAUCCGACGGCUCCGAUCGAAGAACUCAAAAAACUCUUGGAGGAAGAUUUUGAAGGCGUUUGCGCCUUCUUGGAAGAUCCAGAACGUGCUGAAGCUGAAGAGACAGAAAGUGAAGCUGAUGCCACAGUUCCCGAAGGUGAAGGCGAAUGGUCAGUGGGAUCUGAAGGUCAUGCCCAAGGCCAAUGCAGGCCAUGUCACUAUGUUUUUGCGAAGACUGGCUGCCAGAAUGGUCGGGAGUGCAAUUUUUGUCAUCUGCCACACCCAAAACGUUUCAGACCGAGACCGUGUAAGUCCAAACGCUUCAAAUGCAAACAGCUCGCUGCAGUUCUCGACCAGGUGCUUGAUGAUGACCCCGACUCGUUCCAAAAUGUGGUUGAACAACUUAGUUCGCAAGGUGGCUAUCUCAACACCGUGGUGAAGAGCAAGCUCCGCACCAUGGCCAAAAGGUCUGCAAAAAGUGAGGCCAGAAGCUCCGCCGACACAGCGGGGUAUCCGGGAAGGGGCUCUGAGUUGCCGAGCCAGCCUUGUGGCGCUUCCGCAAUAGAGGCCAAACAAGUAUUGAAGCCAGGCCUGGUUUCUCUGUGAGCUCUUUUUCCCUCUCCGAAGCGAGAGCGUUUCUGUACAGCUCCGAAUGCGGGCCUUGGCGCUCCCCAUUCAGCGCCGCAACCAGAUUUUGAUCACUGAGUCCUUGAUUAAACCGAGUCAUUUUUCAGUAGUCCUAUCGGUUCUCUCCGGACCCAAUUUGCCAAUGCUUU